UGAAAUGGGCGUGUCCAAUGCGCUUAGCGUGCAGUCAAGAAAGCCGAGCCGAGUUACUAUUCCUUCCCGAAAUAAUGUCGCUUUUUACCGCAGGGGACAAGCCGAGGCUGUAAAAAGCAAAGGUGGAGAUGGAUGACUUCUGGACUGUGGUGGUUUGGGCCGGGAGAAUCUGGCUGUGCCUGAUUGUCAGCCUCAUCAUGAUCCCUGCCAUGUUUGGCUUCUCACUGGGCAUCUCCGAGACCUACAUGAACAUCCUGGUGAAAACAUUGGAGUGGGCCACGCUAAAGAUACAGAAGGCAACCAGUGAAGAACACGCACUCAAAGCAUCUGCAUCCAGUGCUCUCAUCCAGAGAGAAGAUGGCUCCAUGGAGAAAGAGUUAGAGGAACUAAGACGAAGUCGCCCCAAACCUUCAGAAGGUGGCGAUUUUACGCUUAGCGACUGUUUCUAUUUUACCCGCCGAGGAAUUGAGAGCAUCGUCGAGGACGAGGUCACCCAGCGCUUCACCUCAGAGGAGCUGCUCUCUUGGAAUCUUCUGACCCGCACUAACAAUGACUUCCAGUACAUCAGUCUGAGGCUGACGCUGGUCUAUGGACUUGGCAUUUUUGUCCGAUACUGCAUUCUCGCACCUCUCAGGAUAACGCUGGCCUGCAUUGGCCUCAGCUGGCUGGUCAUCGGAACAUCUGCAGUGGGGUUGCUCCCCAACUGGAGGAUCAAAUUCUGGCUCAGCGAGUGGGUCCACGUCAUGUGCUAUAGGAUCUGUGCCCGGGGCCUCUCCGCUGCCAUCCGCUAUCACAACAGGGAAAAUAUACCCCGAAAAGGAGGCAUCUGUGUGGCCAAUCACACCAGCCCCAUUGACAUCGUGAUACUCUGCAACGAUGCCUGUUAUGCCAUGGUGGGCCAGGUGCACGGCGGUCUCAUGGGGGUGGUCCAGCGGGCCAUGGUGCGAUCCUGUCCUCACGUGUGGUUUGAGCGAGCUGAAAUGAAAGAUCGUCAUCUGGUGACCAAGAGGUUGAAAGAUCACGUCAAUGACAAGACAAAGCUCCCUAUAUUGAUCUUUCCAGAAGGAACCUGCGUCAACAACACGUCAGUCAUGAUGUUUAAGAAGGGCAGUUUUGAAAUUGGAGCCACAAUUUACCCCGUUGCCAUUAAGUAUGACCCCAAGUUUGGAGAUGCCUUCUGGAACAGUUCCAAGUACAGCAUGGUGAGCUACCUGCUGAGAAUGAUGACCAGCUGGGCUCUCGUCUGCAAUGUCUGGUAUCUCCCGGCAAUGCAUCAGAAGGAGGGGGAAGAUGCCGUCCAGUUUGCCAACAGAGUCAAGUCAGCCAUCGCUCACCAGGGAGGACUAGUGGACCUGCAGUGGGACGGAGGCUUGAAGCGAGCCAAGGUGAAGGAGUCGUUCAAGGAGCAGCAGCAGAAGCAGUACAGCCACAUGGUGGUGGGAGACGACAGCAGCAGUAACAGCGACUGAGAAGAUGGCGCGGGGACCAGAUGACUUGACUCGAAACUGGUUUCCUCACCACCUGGAUGGACCUGCUUUGACACGCUGUGUCUCGCACAAGUGCAAUAGUGAACUUUGGGGUGAUGAAUGGCGAAUGUGCCGCUGCUAUUUCUGUAUUUUUCUAACUUGAUUGACACGAUGUUGAAUAUAACAGAUUGGAGUUGUUGGAUUCAAACAGCGGAUGCCUGAUGACCAAUUCAAGUGCUGCUUUUUUUUUUUAAGUUUACAAAUGUCGACUGAGAUUUCUUUCUCUAGCAUGACAGAAAUGUAGCAGCACUUGUGCUAACGGUUAGCACCGCAAAGGAUCUCCGUUUAGAUCUCAGCUCAGGCUUUUUCCUCUCUGAAGUCUGAAUGUUGGAAACAUUCUGUAGGAAAACGAUAGAGAACCUAAACGUAGACAGGAAAUCAUAGACCCAUUUCAAUGUGGCACGAGGAAAUAAUGCCACUCCAUUUGUAACAAGCUCCAUAAUUUGACUUGGACUUGUAUAAAAGCAGGAACAAAUUGUAUGGCAUGCAAAUAACAGCCAAUAAAUGUGAUCGGCGCAAAUUGU